AUGUCGCAAUCUGAACGAAAUGCAGCUAUUCGAGAUUCACGAAGGCCCUAUAACCCGAUCAUCAACCCCACAUAUAGUCGACCCGCUUUGGUAGAAGAACACAUCGAGGACCAGCGUCACAUCCUCUGUUCACCGCCCAUCUUCGGUGCUCUACUAUUCGAAAAUGCCUCCUCAGAUGCACGCGAUCACUGUGCAAACGAGCGCACAUUUCUCUCCUGGCUACGUCUAUCUAUGUACCUUGCCAUCGUCGCGCUAGCAAUCAUCAUAUCCUUCCAUUUCAAGGACCAGCCGUCUAUUCUAGAGCGGCGCAUGGCCUUACCUCUUGGCAUUGUCUUCUGGGUCUUGAGCUUGACUUGCCUCAUUAAUGGGUUUGCUAACUAUGCCCGCACGGUGAGUAAAUAUAGUCGGAAGGCGGCUUUGGUUCAAAGUGGAUGGAAGACUCAGGUUGUUUUUACGGUUGUUGGAACUGUUAUUCUGGGUAGCUGCGUUUUAUUUUUGUCAACAGAUCGAACGGGGUAG